UGAAGCCGGCCUGAGCCAGACUGGUUAUAUAGGCGAAAAAUGAUGUCAAAGCACCUUCCUUUGCCAAUGGAACGAGAACCAGAAAGGGCUACAAGAAUUAAAUCUGCUGAAGAGAUCAAUGAGGAAACUGAUAGGCGCAAGGUUUUACGAUGACCCUGGCGACUCUCCAACGCCUGUUACAGGGACACCUAGGGACCACGAUGGGCAUGGUACUCAUGUUGCAGCCACGGCAGCAGGGAGUCCAGUGGCAGAUGCAUCUUAUUAUGGGUUAGCAGCAGGAACAGCCAAGGGUGGGUCUCCAGGGUCCAGGAUUGCAGUGUACCGUAUAUGCACGCCUUAUGGAUGUAGUGGAUCGGCUAUUAUGAAAGCAUUUGAUUAUGCCCUUGCGGAUGGGGUUGAUAUCAUAAACUUAUCAAUUGGUCAACCAGCUGGAGCAGAGUUCGAGUUUUCAAAAAAUCCUAUUGCCAUUGGAGCCUUCCAUGCUGUAGAGAAGGGCAUUCUUGUUGUCGCCUCUGCUGGAAAUGAUGGCCCUUUACGAGAAACUGUUGUGAAUGUUGUUCCUUGGAUUUUCACAGUUGCUGCUACAACUAUCGACAGAAACAUUGAGACACAUAUUCCCUUGGGCAGGAACAAGCUGAUUAAGCCGGACAUUGUAGCACCAGGGACUGCAAUACUUGCAGCUUGGCCAGCAAAUGACACAGAAGUGUCUCUGUCCGGCCAAGAACCACCACUAUUCAACAUCCUCUCAGGGACUUCCUUGUCUUGUCCUCAUGUUUCUGCAAUUGCUGCAACACUGAAGUCUCAAAAUCCCACCUGGAGUCCUUCAGCCAUCAGAUCAGCUAUAAUGACCACAGCUUUUCAGGAAAGCAACUUGAAGAGUGCAAUGUUAAUCAAUAGUGCAUACGGAAAGUACCUUGCCACGCCAUAUGACUUUGUUGAAGGAGUAGCAACUAUGUCUGGACCACUGAAACCAGGUUUGGUUUAUGAGACCGAGAUCACAGACUACCUGCAAUUCCUCUGCUCUACAGGCUAUAACAUAUCAACAAUAAAACUCAUCUCAAAUACACUUCCAAACAAUUUCUCAUGCCCCACCAACUCAAGUGCUGAAUCAGUCUCCAAUAUGAACUACCCGUCCAUAGCCGUUUCUAUAUCCACAGAAGAAGAAACCAGACCAGAACUCUAACUAACAUCAGUGAAGAAGAAGAAGCAGUAUAUACAGCUAUAAUAACAACACCAGAUGCAUUGAGAGUCCGAGUGACUCCAAAAACGUUGAAAUUUACAAGUCGAGUGAAGAAACUGAGCUAUCAAGUGACUUUCAAAGCUACAUCUUCAGAGAGAGAACUUUUUGGAUCAAUUACAUGGUCCAAGGGAGGUACAAGGUUCGAAGUCCAUUUGUUGUAACGUAACCUCUUAAUACCAAAUUGCUUGUAACUUUUUAUGCCAAUGGAUCCAUUAAAAAAGAAGUGUUCAUU